AUGGAGUCGGUUCAUCAUGUCACGGCCUCAUCAAAGGUUUUGUUCACCAAGGUGCGCAAGAUCGUGCCGCCUAUGCUUGAGAAGUUCCACAAAGGUCAAUUGGGGCGUGUAGCGGUUAUUGGAGGAUGUGUUGACUAUACCGGCGCUCCAUACUUCUCGGCCAUGGCAUCUGCCAAAUUAGGGUGUGACAUGAGUCAUGUCGUCUGCGAACGUUCAGCAGCUCCAGUUGUCAAGAGUUAUUCUCCGAACCUAAUGGUCCAUCCGUUGUUACCAAGCUCGGAUACUGUCAAAGACACCCAGUCAAUUGAUGCUCCUGCACUUGCAGGCCCCAUUAUCGACAUGCUUUCUCGCCUCCAUGCACUGGUCAUUGGACCAGGACUUGGUCGUGAUGGCGUCACGCUCAAGGUAGUGGCUGAAGUAAUCAAAGCGGCACGGUCUCAGUCUAUUCCCUUCGUGCUGGAUGCCGACGGGCUUCUCAUUGUGACAGAAAACCCGGGUCUGAUUAAAGGGUACAAGGAGUGCAUUCUCACACCGAAUGUCGUGGAAUUCGGGCGUCUCGCCAAAGCCCUGGGAAUCAAGGUAGCCAGCCAGGCGGAGAUCUCCCAAGAAGGAAACGGCGACCAGAUUAGCAAGGAAUCAGAAGCCUGCGAACAGCUGUCCAAAGCCCUCGGCGGCGUGACAGUUGUCCAGAAAGGACCGCACGACGUGAUCUCCAACGGAGUCACCAGCAUAAUAUCUGACACCAAAGGAGGACUGAAGCGCAGCGGCGGCCAAGGCGAUACUCUGACGGGUUCGCUAGGUACCUUUCUCGCCUGGAGAGCAGCUUACCACGACAAGCUGUGGGACUCUGGUGAGCAAGACAACGCAAAGGAUGCGCAGACCAGGGAUGAAGUCCAGGCCGAGCUCGAGUCCAACAAGCGCAUGUCCCCGACAACGACGCUACUCCUGGCUGCAUGGGCUGGAAGUAGUAUUACUCGAGAGUGCUCGCGAAAGGCUUUCGAGGCCAAAGGGCGGAGCAUGCAGGCUAGUGAUCUCACCGAUGAAGUGCAUGGGGCUUUCUUGAGGCUGAUUGGAGAGCCGGAGGGAUCGCAGACGCAUCUCUAG